GUCAAACUAUAAAUCCAACGCCGUUCGACGUUGACGUUGAGUUUAUAAAUAGCCCUUAACCACAGAUUGUGAAACUGGCCGUUAACGAACUGUCUGUCAUCUGUCAUAGUUUGGUUGACCCCAAUGAACUGUCAAUACGGAUGGAAUCGGCAGGAAGACAAUUAAUGUAGCCACGAUACAAGAGAGAGGUCCUAGAGAGAGACAGACAAGGUGCUGGAAACUUUGACAGGCCGUGUAAUUUGAGUUGCCUAUAUCAACUUAAAUCGGGGAAAUAUAAAAGUAACAUAAAAACAUAAUCAAGGACUACUUCUUCACUUUAUAUAAAACAGUCACUAAUUUAGUAUUUAAAUAGUUUUAAAAUUAUUUAACUCCCAAAUACUUUAGGAAAGUAGGUAUUUGUUUUGAUAAAUACAAAUAACAAUUCUGAAAAGUAUUUAAACUGAUUUAAACACCAAGUAUGGUACUCUGUUCUCUAUUUACUCUGUAAAUACAAAAAAGUAUUUAAAUUUUGAAAUAUGUACUACCAAUCAGCCCUGAAAAUUAAAAUAUGAGGUCCAUUCAACGAACUGUCAAUACUGAUUCAAUCGGGUCCAUUUAUAUAGGCAACUCAAAUUACACGGCCUGUCAAAUUCUCCAGCACCUUGUCUGUCUCUCUUUAGAACCUCUCUCUUGUAUGUUGGUGGCAAUCUCGCUUCACUAUUUGAAUGGGACAGGGCCAUUCCAUCCGUAUUGACAGUUCAUUGGUUGACCCUGAGAUUUGUAUUUAUUUUAUGUUUUUAUCUAAAAUAUAAAAAUAAUAUAUUUAAUUUAACAAAAAUAUUAGUUUAUUGCUUCUGUUAAAUAAAGGCAUUAUUUGUGUUGUUCCUUAUAUAUAGAAUUUCAAAGUGAUUUCACUUUUUUGGUGUAACAUUAUUGAAAUACAUAAUAAAAUCAAGUGUAAUCAAAUGGAAGUAGAAGUAAAACAAGAAAUUAGUGAGGAAACGUAUAAAAUAGAGUAUAAUCCGUUGAAUGAUGCUCUUUUGGAUAGCAUUAAAUGUGAAAUUCAGGAGGAAUUCAAUAGGCAAAGUACUCAUGACACAGAGACUUUAGACUUAAAGAAAUGCCCCAUAAACACUGAAAUAGAACAACAUGGAAAUAAACUUAAUCCGUUUGAAGAAAAUAAAGAAACUGAAAAAGGUUAUCUCCAAGAUGAAAACAAAAUGGAAAUUGUGGAGAAACUCAUCGAAGAUUCAUCUUUCGAAGAAAAUGACAUGAGUCAACACUCUGAAGAAAAAACAUUAAAUACAAAUAUGAAAGUUGUGACCAGAAAAAGACCAUAUAGAUGUGAAAUUUGUUUUAAGGCGUUUUCUCGAAAACAUGUUUUGACAAUACAUAUGAGAGUACACACUGGGGUAAAACCAUACAAGUGUGAAAUUUGUUUGAAGCAGUUUAGGCAAGCAGGUCACUUGAAUUGUCAUAUCAGAUUGCACACUGGAGAAAUGCCCUACAAGUGUGAAAUUUGUUUUAAGCAAUUUAGUCAUGUAAAUUCCUCUAAAACACAUAUAAGAGUGCACACUGGGGAAAAACCUUAUAAGUGUGAAACUUGUUUAAAACAGUGUCUCACUGCAAGUGAUUUGAAAAAACAUUUGAGAACACAUACUGGAGAAAAACCAUACAAUUGUGAUAUUUGUUUUAAGCAGUUUUCUCGAAUAGAUAUUUUGAAAAAUCAUUUAAGGAUACACACUGGGGACAAUCCUCAUCAGUGUACAAUUUGCUUUAAGCAAUUUAGUCAAGCAGUUAAUUUGAAAGGACAUUUGAGAGUGCACACUGGGGAAAAACCGUAUAAGUGUGAGAUUUGUUUAAAGCAAUUUAGUCAUGCAAGUUCCUUGAAAACUCAUUCGAUAGUGCACACUGGGGAAAAACCUUACAGGUGUGAAAUUUGUCUGAAGCCGUUUAUUGCUGCAAGUGAUUUGACAAAACAUUUGAGAACUCAUACUGGUGAAAAACCUUACAAGUGUGAGAUUUGUUCUAAGCAGUUUAUUCAAAAAGUUCAAUUAACUUGUCACGUGAAAGUUCACACAGGAGAAAAACCUCACAAGUGUGAAAUUUGUUUUAAGAAAUUUAGUCAAGCAGGUCAUUUGAAAGAUCAUUUAAUGACACACACUGGAGAGAAACCUCAUAAGUGUAAAAUUUGUUUCAAACACUUUAGUCGAGCAGGUCAUUUGAAAGAGCAUUUGAGAACACACACUGGAGAAAAACCUUACAAGUGUGAAAUGUGUUUUAAUCAGUUUAGUCAUGCAAGUUAUUUGAAAACUCAUCUGAUAGUACACACUGGAAAAAAUCCUCACCAGUGUGAAAUUUGUUUAAAACAGUGCAUUAGUGCAAGUGCUUUGAAAAAACAUUUGAGAAUUCAUACUGGAGAAAAACCUUACAAGUGCGAGAUUUGUUUUAAAGAGUUUGCUCAAAAAGCUCAAUUAACUGCUCACAUAAAAGUUCACACCGGUGAAAAAUCUUACAAGUGUGAAAUUUGUUUUAAGCAAUUUAGUCAUAGAAGUUCCUUGAAAACUCACUUGAGAGUGCACACUGGGGAAAAACCUUACAAGUGUGAAAUCUGUUUUAGGCAGUUUUCUGUGAAAAGUAACUUGAAAUCACAUUUGAGAUUGCACACAUGAAAAAUUUCUUUUUACAAGAAGGCAAAACUGGAUUAAAAUGGAGACAACACCUAAAGAACAAUGUAGGUGUAGUAAUGUUAUAAUUGCAAUACAAUAAGUUACUUGGAUCAAACAUUUUUUGCUUGUGACAAAUAUGUGACACAAAGAAAUCUAAUGAAUAUUCAGCUAUUACAAGAAAACGUUUAUCCCCCGUAUAAUCUUAUACACUUAGUAGCUUUGAACAAACCGUAAAUGUUUAGGAUUCUUCUAGAUAAUGUUAAGUUGUGUAAAUUGAAACUGUAGAUUAGGUCUAGCUUUGCCACCUUGGUCAGCUUGGCCACCUUGGUCUUUUCUCCCUGGUAACAGUGCCCCUUAUCCCUACUUAGGUUGUGGUUAGUCACCCUGAACGACGCCUGAGUGCGAAAAGUUUUUUUCCGUCUCUACCCUUGAUUGUUCGAUUAGAUUCUUGGUAGUCUUGGUGUAUGGUAGGUUCAGUUGGGCGUUAAUUUUAAGAAAUAUUGAUGGAUAGCUGAGUACAACUCUUAAGGGCCAUAAAAGAAGAAAAAAUGUUAUAUUAUAAACCAGAUUUUACUUUUAUGUGCCCUUAUUCUUGAAUCGAGAGGAGAUUUUACUCCCCACUAAGCUAACUCGAUUUUCUACACCUUCAUAAUUUCUCUCAUUUUAAAAAGCUGUAUUCUUGAAUAGGGGGAGCAGAAAGCGGGGAUAGAAACUGAGAACAAUGUUGACGGGUUUUUGUUGAAAAUUUCAACCAGUCACAAAAGUUAAUUUUUGGCAAAUGACAUGAUACCAGAGAACUACGAACACAUGGAGUCAACCUGAUCUUCAUUUGUUAUUCGUUUACAUUCUUUUUCAACAAACAGUUGUAGUUGAAACGUGAUUAAAAGUUGACAAAAUUAAUCUAACUAGGAUUUUUAUUUUCAAUUCUUUAACUAACUAUAUUUAUCACAUUUUAACCUUGUUCAUUUAUAUAAUUUUAUAAUUGUAAUAAAUAAUUUAUUGAGA